GCCUCGGGCACAUUAGGAAGGUGGGGUUCUUCUCUCAUCCCUACAACUGUCUCCCAACAACCAAGUUCCCACUUUUCCUCCCCCACCCUCUCCUUGCCUCAUUGGAGAGGUGGGUUCCUCCAAUCUCUUAGAAUCUCUCCAAGAUCGAAAAGUUUCCACCUUUACCAUCCUUCCUCCCUUCCCCUGCCCUCAUCAAACAGAUUGGUUUCUACUCUUGUUUCCUAAACAAGUCUUCAAUCUCCUUACCUCAUAAGAGAGGUGGCCUUCUUAUACAAUCUUUUAAUAACUGCCUCCAACUGCUAUCUUCUGUCUUCUCAAAUUCUCUCCAUGCAGUUGGCAAGGCAUGACCUGGCUACCUUCCACAUUGCUUGAUCUGAAUUCUCCGACCUGCGUGUGAUGGUUCGAUUCCUCAAGAGAGGACACAGCCUCGAAAGGUUGAUUCAAGGUAGAAGGAUGUUUGAUUCGGGGCGCAAGGUGCACAGCAUGAUUCUGGAGGCAACCGGUGGAAAUGGAUCGCCUCCAGAUGACAAGAAACUCUGGAGGAGCCAGGGACCAACAUCGGAUUGCCCUGUGGAACAGGUAGGCAGUGUGCUUGAUCGGUCGUCGGACAUCGCACCCAAGUCCCGCCUAAGCAAGGUUGGAGGAGGUGGCCAUGGGAGACCCUCAGAUUUGGAGUUGAUGAAGGAGAGGUUUGCGAAGCUGCUGCUGGGUGAAGACAUGUCAGGUGGUGGAAAAGGAGUCUCUUCAGCUUUGGCUUUGUCCAAUGCCGUCACCAAUCUUGCAGCUUCUGUUUUUGGGGAGCAAUGGCGUUUGGAACCCAUGUCAGCUGAAAGGAAGGCCAGGUGGAGGAGGGAAAUUGAUUGGCUUUUGUCAGUCACUGAUCACAUAGUAGAGUUUGUUCCUUCCCAACAGAAAUCUAAGGAUGGAACCAGCAUGGAGAUAAUGGUAACUCAGCAACGCAGAGAUCUUCUCAUGAAUAUCCCUGCGCUACGCAAGCUUGACGCAAUGCUUAUUGAAUACCUUGACCGCUUCAAAGACCAUAAUGAGUUCUGGUAUGUGUCCAGAGAUGCUGAUGAGUCUGAGAGGGGAACACGAAAAAUGGAUGACAAAUGGUGGCUUCCAACCAUAAAAGUCCCUCCUAAUGGGCUGUCUGACAUGUCCAGAAAAUGGAUUCAGCAUCUGAAGGAGCUUGUCAACCAAGUGCACAAGGCUGCUAUGGCUAUAAAUGCUAAUGUUCUUAUGGAAAUGGAAAUUCCAGAAGCAUAUAUUGAAUCCCUACCUAAGAAUGGAAGAGCAAGCCUAGGAGAUGCACUAUAUCGGAGUAUAACAGUUGAUUGUUUUGACCCUGAAGACUUCCUGGCAUCCUUAGACUUGUCUACAGAGCACAAGAUUCUUGACCUCAAAAACCGAAUUGAGGCAUCUAUUGUAAUUUGGAAGAGGAAGAUGCACAGUAAAGAUGCAAAAUCUCCUUGGGGGUCUGCUGUUAGCUUGGAGAAGAGGGAACAAUUUGAAGAGAGAGCAGAGACCAUCUUACUCAUACUAAAGCACAGGUUCCCUGGUAUUCCUCAAUCAGCUCUUGACAUCAGUAAGAUUCAAUACAACCAGGAUGUUGGACACUCUAUUCUGGAAAGCUACUCGAGAGUUCUAGAAAGCUUGGCUUUCACUGUGAUGUCUCGAAUCGACGAUGUCCUAUAUGCUGAUUCCCUUGCUCAAGAUCCAACACUUGGGGGAACAAAGAAAAGGCCCACAUUGGCAGAUACAGAGGCAGUCACAGGAAAGGUGAAAGUCCUUGAUCUUCAAGAAGAGAUCGAGAAGCUUAAUCAAAUGGAAGAACCCGCUUCAAUGACUCUGUCAGAUUUCAUGGGUUGGCAAGUAGAACAGGACUGUGAGACAAAAAGGAAGGAUUCAGAGAAGAUUGAGAACUUGGGAGACUUGAGAAACCCAUCAGCACUCCAGUAAGAUGUGCCAGAAGCAAAGGAGAGAGAUGGAUGCUGUGCAGGAGGCAGCAAAUGCAAAUAUAAGUAUUCAGACACAUCAGAGCUUUACUAUAUGAAACUUUCAGCACUGCUGCUGGGUUUCGCAGUUUGGGUGCUUCUGAAAUACCCCUGUACACUCUUGAAGCUACUGAUCUCUCAUUGAUGCUGACAUUAUUACUCCUGAUGAGGUUCUGAAAUAACUCUGUACAAGAAAUUUUGACAUUCCCUUGCAUGA